UCAAGAUACAAACAAACGGAGUCACUUUACAAUUUGAAUCAAAAUAUACAGCAAAAUGAUAUUGAGCAGAGCCAAGCCUGCUUUGAAGGAACAAAACAAAAAAUCCCCCAACAUAUCCCAAUUUGAAGAGUUCCUGCUCAAAAGAGAUUACACUGGAGCUAUUACACUUUUAGAGUUUAAAAAAUACCCGGAAAGCAAUCACAAUGCCAACUUGUGGAUGGCUUAUUGCUACUUUCACAGGGGCGACUACAAAAACGCCCUACACAUCUACGACAAACUCUACAAACAAAAAGCCGACGUUAAAAAUUUGACCGUCAAUAUUGCUUGCUGCUAUUUGUUUCUGGGUAUGUACCAGGAAGCUCAAGAAAUCCUAAUACAUGCUCCACCAACCGACUUAAAAACUAGACUUAAUUUCCAUAUUUCUCACAAAUUGAAAGACGAAGCCACUCUGAUGGAAAACCACGAGAAUUUGCAAGAUAUUUUGGAAGAUCAAUUGAGUUUGGCAGCUAUACAUUACUUGAGGGCUCACUAUCAAGAGGCCAUCGAUAUUUACAAGAGGAUUUUGCUGCAAAAUCGGGAGAAUAUCGCCCUUAAUGUUUACGUGGCUUUGUGCUACUACAAAUUGGAUUACUAUGAUGUUUCGCAAGAGGUUUUGGCUCUGUAUUUGAACAGAUAUCCUGAUUCGGUGAUUGCUACAAAUCUAAAGGCUUGUAACACGUUCAGAUUAUACAAUGGUACCGCAGCUGAAACUGAACUAAGAUCAAUAGUAGACCAAACUGCAAACGUAGGUUUUGGUUACGAUUUGGUCAAACACAAUCUGGUGGUGUUUAGAGAUGGUGAAGAUGCAAUGCAGGUGUUUCCACCUUUAGUAGACGUAGUACCAGAAGCCCGUCUCAACUUAGUGAUUCAUCAUUUGCGCAACGACGACAUAAAAGAGGCUUAUUUUUUGUUGAAAGACGUCCAACCGACAGUACCUCAAGAAUACAUCCUCAAAGGUGUCGUGAAUGCGUCUUUAGGCCAAGAAGUUAACAGUGAAGAGCACAUUAAAACUGCUGAAGAGUGUUUUCAUUUGGUGGGAAGUUCUUCGAGCGAAUGCGAUACUAUUCAUGGUAGACAGUGUAUGGCGGCUGCCUUCUUUUUAGCUGGGCAAUUUGAGGAUGUUUUGGUUUACUUGACUAGUAUCAAGAGUUAUUUGCAUUCAGACGAUACGUUUAAUUUUAACUUUGCCCAAGCCAAAGCAGCCUGUCAUCAGUUCAAAGAAGCAGAAGAAUGUUUCCUUUUGAUCCAAGACGCAAAAAUCAAAAGCGAAUUUGUCUAUAUAACCAAUUUGGCCAGGUGUUUUGUGAUGAACAAAAAGCCUCAAGAAGCUUGGGACUUGUAUUUGAGAAUGGAUAAUUCUCCAGAAGGCUUCAAUUUGUUGUUACAAAUUGCUAACGACUGUUAUAGUAUGGGCGAGUUUUGGUACGCAGCCAAAGCCUUCGAUAUGCUGGAUCGUUUGGAUCCGAAUCCGGAGUUUUGGGAAGGGAAACGUGGGGCUAUUGUUGGAGUUUUUCAGGGAGUUGUAGCUAAAAAGUUAUCGGAAGAUUUGCUGAGCGACGUUUUGCAACUUUUAAGGGCCAGCAAUUCCAGUCAGGCCGAGCCCAUUGCUAAAGUUAUAAGGAAAUGGGCAAAAGAACAACGUCUGAGCAUUACCUGAAAUAUUUUUUAAAAUUUUUCUCAUAAAUAUUUGUAUAAGGUUUUUAGAAAAUUACCAUUAAUCCUUAUGUAUGACAAUUAUUUAAAGCAUCAUUAAAAUAAAUCCAUAGAGAUAAAUCCCUAUUUGCAAACACGACAAUGUCAACUGGUUAUUUAUUUAGACUUUUGAUCAUAGGAGUUUCACAACUGGGCUGUAAAAAAAUAAAUUAAUAAUGCUCCUAUUUUAGAAGAGCCUUAACGAUAAGUAUUCCCUAAAAUGACAUUUUUACAUGGAGAAAUGUCAGAAUUAUUAAGGAAUACUUAUCGUUAAGGCUCCCCUUUAAUUAAAUCAAUAAAAUAAGCGAUUUAGAUAAGGCUGUACCUACUUAAAGAAAUUUUCAGAAAUUAUUUUUUAUCAGUACGUUUGUUUAAGAUUAUUUCUUGAAAUUUAGCUAUUUACAAAGUUUACUGCGACUCAGCAUAGUCACCUUUUGAUUAAUUUAAUUUCAGUUUACCUAAAUACUUUUAAUAUGUUAUCAAACACGUACAGUUGUAAUUUCAUUAUAAUUCUUGGAUAUUUGAAUAAAAAAUGCCACAACAUUUCUUGAAA